AUGUCCAAACAAAUAUUUUCCGGAACGUACCACGUCACGCGGUAUGCUCUGUUUGCUGUGAACUUUAUCAUUAUGGCUUUCGCUCUGGGUAUCGUUGCUUGUGCAUCGUUCACAUGGAAUCAGCUGACCACGUACACGACAAAAAAUGACUUGCGGGUGAAUGAAUUUGUGCUUGCCCUGAUUGUCGAAGGAUGUUUAUUUUUCAUGAUCAGUGUAUUCGGGUUCAUCAGCGUUGCGCUGAAAUCAAUCCGGUAUAUUUACACGUAUGCAAUCAUGAUAGUGGUGUUGUGCGGUGCGUUGAUUACACUCGGUAUUGCCGGAGCUGUAAAUCAAUCUAAAUAUGAGUGCUGCGGAGCCAGCGGACCGGAUGAUUACAAAAGUGAGGCAAUUCCAAGCAGCUGCUAUACAGGCGAGUUACUGAACGAAGAUGGUUGUGAAGAUCCGUUACGGAAGUACAUUCAACGUAUUAUGGUGAUUCAGCUUGGCUUGAUCUGUGGAGCCGUGGCUAUACAAGUUGUGGCUCUAGCACUCGUAUGCUGCGUGAUUAGAGAUUUACGUUAUAUCAGAUCCGUUGAAAAUGCGAGAAGUAGGCCGGAAAGCAGCGGCGAACUAGAAGAUCGCUAUAGCUGA